CCACCCUCGGCCCUCCCUUUCUCCCUGCCAGCGCUGCCACCAGCUCCGGACUCGGCUCACCUCCCAGAGCCCCCUCCCCGGAGCUGAGCUACCGAAGGGCUCUACUCCCGCCCUCAACCCAGCAGCACCGCAGCUCCGGGGCAGCCCGGCCGGCCAGCCUCCCCCCAGCUCAGCCCUGCCCGAACCCCUCAGUCAUGAAUCUCUUCCGAUUCCUGGGAGACCUCUCCCACCUCCUAGCUAUCAUCUUGUUACUGCUCAAAAUCUGGAAGUCCCGAUCGUGUGCGGGCAUUUCAGGGAAGAGCCAAGUCCUGUUUGCUGUGGUGUUCACUGCCCGCUACCUGGACCUGUUCACCAACUACAUUUCACUCUAUAACACCUGCAUGAAGGUGGUCUACAUAGCUUGUUCCUUUACCACGGUGUGGAUGAUCUACAGCAAGUUCAAAGCUACCUAUGACGGCAACCACGACACUUUCCGGGUGGAGUUCCUGGUUGUUCCCACGGCUGUUCUGGCGUUCCUGGUCAACCAUGACUUCACCCCUCUGGAGAUCCUCUGGACUUUCUCCAUCUACCUGGAGUCAGUGGCCAUCCUGCCACAGUUGUUCAUGGUAAGCAAGACGGGCGAGGCGGAGACCAUCACCAGCCACUACCUGUUUGCACUGGGUGUCUACCGCACACUCUAUCUCUUCAACUGGAUCUGGCGCUACCACUUCGAGGGCUUCUUUGACCUCAUCGCCAUCGUUGCUGGCCUGGUCCAGACAGUGCUCUACUGCGAUUUCUUCUACCUCUAUAUCACCAAAGUCCUGAAGGGCAAGAAACUGAGCCUGCCGGCGUAGCCCUGGCCUCACAGCCUUCCCAGAGGCAGCGCAGGAGGCACACGGAGGCUGCUGAUGACAGAGAGCCUUCCCGACCAGAGUCUUUUAAAGAGCUCAUCUCUCCGGGCUCCCUACCCCUCCAGCUGGGCUUUGGGGUCAAGUGGAAGACUCCUAUCCUGGGGAGCUCAGGACCUGAGCUGCUUGUAGCCUUUUGCCUUUUAGAGAAGAAAAACAAAAGAAAACAAAACAAAACAAAAAAAACAAAUCUUUCCACUACUUAGUUUUUGAUUCUGAUGACUUUUUUCUCUUCGGCCCUGGCCCUGAUUUUUUAUAAACUGUGUUUCGAGUGUUCUCUGGACCAGGGCCAGUAGAGGUCUGCUCCCUUCUCU